CCAGGUACUUUUCCCGGUGCACUCAUUACCAUUCGAACGUGAAACCCCAAGGCCGCGACCAAAUAAUUGCCGAUUUCUGGUGAUCCAAGCGGCAAACGCUGAUGUAACCUGUACCAGGCCGCGUUUUCACUGCGAUUGGUGUAUCGGAUCCGAAUAGUAAGUGGGUGAAGUAAAGCGUGUUCCAGUUUUAACAAUGCUCGCAUAUCAUAGGUGAAAAGAUAAGUAUGGCCACGUCUGCGGAUUGUGUUGUGUUGUUGACACGAUAAUGUUAUCAGUUGAUCCGGAAUCAUUUGCUGAGGCACCCUAAACCGAUCCACGUAAAAACUAUCAGACGCGUUCGUACCUCUGACUCGCUACAAGCGAAGAAAAUUCGUGGCACGUGUUUGAAUUACAAGAAACCUGAAGAUGAAUCUCAACUGGAGCAACCGGGUCAUCAAGUAUGUGCUGUUCGUCUUCAACUUGCUGUUCGUGAUCACCGGGAUUGUUAUGAUAGCAGUCGGGGUGUCGGUGAAGUCCUACUACACAGACUAUGACAUCUUCUUGAACGACAGCUACUUUUCCUUGCCGAACUUACUCAUAGCCAUCGGUUCCCUAAUCUUCUUCAUUUCGUUCUUUGGAUGCUGUGGCGCUAUUCGCGAGAGCUGGUUUAUGAUAUUUAUCUUUUCCAUUUUAUUAUCCGUCAUUUUCAUCAUGGAAUUCUCCGCUGGAAUUGCUGGCUACGUGUUGAGAGAUAAAACCAUCGAUUUCUUAACCGAGGAACUACAACAAAGCACGCAAGAUUACGAGUUUAAUAACCCCAAACCAAACCCCCAGACGUACAUGUGGGACAAAAUCCAGUCCCAAUUCAAGUGUUGUGGUGCAGCUGGACCUAAGGACUGGAUAGAUAAAGGUAAUACUACAACAUCCGCACCUAUUACUACAGCAAGUUCACCUGCAACUACAGUGACUACAACCUCUACAAAUAACUCGGCAACAACGCCAACAACAACUAAUUCAAGUGUUACAACAACAGUUCCAUCAGUAUCACCAGACAGCACAACACCUACAACACCCACAGCGUUAAGAUUACUAAGUCCAAGGAAUAAGGGCGACCUGCCCUCAAGCUGUUGCGUAAGCAAACCUGGAACAGCAGGAACAAUCACCUGCAACAUAGACAACACCGACACCGCUACAUAUUUCAAAAUAGGAUGUGUAGAAGGUUUCGGUGACUACUUGAAGGACCACGCUGUCACAAUAGGAGGAGUCGGACUAGCCAUAGCUUUCAUCCAGCUCUUCGGUGUAAUCUUCGCCUGCCAUUUAUCCAAGCAGCUGAAACACGGCUUCCACAGUACGUAAAAGUAUGCAUCUGACUCUAUUUGUAUCAAAAUAUCUUACAUGUACAUAGUUUCUUAUGUUUAUGUUAUUAAAUGUGUUGUUACAUUCCUUUAAAA